AUGUUUCUGAAAGUGAGUUUUUUCCACUACUGAAUUCUGAAAAGCUGAUUAUUUCCAGGUUUUCUUCCCUUGUCUCUUGGUUUUUCUUCACUCUUGUACAGGAGUCGAAGCAUGUAUGUUUUUAAAAUCAAUGAAGAAAAAAAAAAUGUUUGACUUCCAGUUGGUCCGAGUCCUCAAUCGUGCUCUAGCCAUUCCGACUGUCCUUGGUUCCACGUUUGCAUCCGGUACUUGUGCCAGCCCUACAUCACAUUCCCUGAUAUCAUUCUUCCUCCGCUUCUUAGUAAACACGACGUCGAUGAGUGA